UAAACAAUUGGCAAGAAAGGAUGAGUGUUAGGACAAGUUCAACAAGGGAGUUACGAAAAAGAGCUAGCAAAGAUGCAUCUGCUACUAAAGUUACCAAAAAACCUAAAAUCUCAUCAAAAGAACUCAAUUUAUAUUUCAAGUCAUACAAAGGAGGUCUUGGUGAUUUUCACAUCCCAAUCUUUAAAAGUGUGAAUGAUAUAGCAAAACCAACAAAAGUUCUGUAUCCUGGUUGCCAUCGUCAUAUAACUGCAUCUUUGAUUUUUGAAGAUGUUGUUUACGUAGACAAUUACUCCAAGGUUCAAACUUUGUAUGACGAUCCAAAAGCCCUGGCAUGGAUUGACGAGCAUAAAGAGUACAACAACGAUGCAAAAAUCAAGUUUAAAUGUAAAAACUUUGAAGGUGAUUUUGGUGAAAAGGUUAACAGUUUUGAUUUGAUAAUGUCAAUGUCCGCGGGAAUUGUGACAAAAUCUGGUUCGAAAUAUUUGAAGAAAUCUGGUUAUUUUUUAGUCUCUGAUGCUCACUUUGAUGCUAGAAUGAUAAAUCUGGAUCCUAAUUUUAAGUUAACCCACGUUUGGCAGAAUGAUCAGUUUGAUUAUUCAGAGGCAGCAUUAGAAGGUCAUUUCACAACAAAAGAUGGAAAAGCACUUACAGAAGCAAUGGUCCUAGAAAGCAUUGAUAAGCCGAAAGCAAAACGUUCUUUUAAACUUCAAAAAGAGGCAAUAUUUUAUCUGUUCAAAAAAAUAAAAUAGAGUCAUAUGACAACAGACAAGCAAACAAUCAAAUGAUAAAUUGCAAUAGAAAACAUUUUUUACACUAAUUUAGAAGUUUAGAUUUAGAAAAAGCAUACACUCAAUUGAUAAACUGCAAUAGAAAACAUUUUUUGCAAUACUUUUGAACUGAUUUAGAAAUUUUAUCACCAAUUUCUGGAUAGAUUGAUAUUAAAAGAACAAUGAUUUUGUUUACUGUUUUGUUCAAAAUCUGAAGCUCAUUGCACUUUGUAAUUUAAAUUUUAUAAUUUGAUUUGUGAAAUGAGAAGUGUAAGGCGUUUUCUGUUUGGAUGUGAUAUGGGUAUACAACUCUUUGUGUUUUGAGAUUUUAUUGAUCAUGUGUUACUAAUUUCCAUAAUUUCAACAAGGAGAAAUCUUCUGAACAUGCUACUGAAAAGUAUUUCUCUAUUCAGUUACGUUUUUAUUCCUUUCUGUUGUAAACUUGUUAAAUUGAGAUGUUACUCGAAGUCGAUAUUUACAGAAGGUUUUUCCACCAUGCACAUUUUUUUAUAAACAGCGUUUCUCGUUUAAAUUUAUAAAUAAACUCAGACUGCAUAAUAUAUAACAUUCAUAUUAGUAUUUUUAUGUUUUGUUACUUAUUUUAAUUUGUUUUAAUUUUACGUUAGAUUAUACUUCAUUUUCAAAAAUUUCGCGAAAAAAUUUUCGCGAAUCGAAAAAUACGCCCAUUUUUUUCACUCUCGCGGAAUUAACUUGUGGUUGACCAAGUUCGAUAUAUUUCCAUUUUUUCGAGAAAACACCGUUAAAUAUUUUCUUUCCGCCAAAAUUUCAGACAAUGAAGUAUCUGAGCCUGCUUUAUUGAAGUUUAUUUUUGUCUAUUUUAGAGCUUAUAAAUAGUCGAUUUUGUAAAUGCACAUAAUCAUAUAUUAAUAACUUUGCACGUUAUAUUCUAAACCUAGUAAAAUACAUGUAAUGGGUUAUUAUUUUUUGUUUUUUUACCAAAAAUGUUAUUGUUGUUUCA